CGACAAAGUGCAUGCAAGAUCGUGGCGCUGUGAUAAUCAACGGAGAUGAAGAAACCGUGGGGUAGUGUGUAAGACAGAGGUACGCAAGUUCCCGAAAAGGCCUUCAAAAUGGAAAAAAAGAAGCAAUCUCAUCUGUUUAUAGCUACAAAAUUAGAUCCCCGAGAUGAUCUUGAAGAGAGAAUGGAACGAGGCCAUGAUGUCAUAUCAAAGGCAACAGCGGGACUCUCUCAAAAGGAAACUCAUGAUGCUCUAACAGCUAUGGUAAGCAAAGGAACUCAACAACAUGAAGAAGUAACUUUGGGUCUGAUGUUCACCAUUCUUACUCAAACAUCAGCAGCUCAGAAAGUGUACAGAGACUUGCAGUUGCUCACAAGAGACGGCAUGGCUAUCGUGUGGAACAGACUGAAUCAGAUCAUUGCUGAAAGAUACACAAAGCUGCUUGAAAAUGUCAGAACACAGGUUGUGUGGUUAGCUCGUGAGCUGGUUAAAGGUUCUGUUGCGAAUGCAGACCAGGUUAUUUUAUCAUUGAUAAAGCAAAUAACAGGAGGAGAUGUAUCCCCAAAGAACAUGUGGCUAGCUGAGUCCAUGCUGGAUAUUUUUACAGAAAAUAGGGCAUGGUUAGACAAGCACCCCACCCUCUUGGCAAUGGUUGUCUACACAUACCUGAGGAUCAUUGAGGAUCACAGCGGUACGACCUGGACACACCUCAGAGAUAGGGAGGUGGAGUUCUGUGUACAGCUUAUUAGGACAAGGUUCACUGAAUGCUGUAAAAUAGGAAGAGACCUAAUCAGACUACUCCAGAAUGUUGCAAGAAUACCAGAGUUUGAUAAACUCUGGAAAGAUAUGCUGUACAGGCCGCAGACACUCAAUGCACAGUUCACUGGUAUCAUGCAGCUUUUGAACCAGAGGACACCCGCCAAGUUUCUCGUCUGCAGACUUACACCCGACAUGGAAAAGAAAAUCAUAUUUCUGACAUCAAAGGUUCGGUUUGGAAAUCAAAAGAGAUAUCAGGAUUGGUUCCAAAAACAGUACCUGCUAACCCCGGAGAGCCAAUCACUGCGCAUCGAUCUGAUCCGCUACAUCUGCUGCUGUAUUCAUCCGUCCAAUGAGGUGCUGUGCUCUGAUGUCAUCCAGAGAUGGGCUGUGAUUGGCUGGCUUCUAACCACAUGUACUUCCAACAUAGCUGCAUCCUGUGCCAAACUAGCUCUCUUCUACGACUGGUUGUUCUUCAGCUCCAGCAGGGGAAACAUCAUGGACAUAGAGCCUGCUAUCUUGGUGAUGCAUCACUCGUUACGUACUCAUCCAGUCAUCACUGUUACAUGCCUGGAUUUCCUGUGCAGAAUAAUUCCAAACUUCUACCCUGCCUUUGAGGCCCAAGUGAAGCAAGGAGUCAUGGGAUCAUUGAAGUUCAUCCUUGAGAAACGAGUUUUACAGUCACUAUCACCCCUGUUUGAUAACACCAAGAUGGACAAGGAGCUGAGGUCAAUGAUCAGGGAAACAUUUUCAGAAUUCUGUGAAGCAGACGCCAAACCGCCCGACGGUCCAAUUAUCCAAGAAAGCUUCACGAAACCGGCAUUAACACCAGCAUUAAAUGCAACUAAUAACAAUUCCGGGAGUCACUUUGAUGAUCAUAGCCACAGGAGACACAGCAGUGAAGAUGCAGCAUUCAGUGAUGAAGAGAGCGAGGAUGAUAAAGGUGGUCAGAUGAACCCUCUGGACAUGCUGUUCAGACCAAUCAAGCAAGAAGAAGAGGUGAACUUUGACCACCUCCUAGAGGAGAUGGAUGGAGAGAUCAAAGAGAUGGCUUCAUUACUACAUGCUCAAAGAGAUGAGGACAUGGAGACGCAAUGUGAGACAAUGCAAGAGCUGUGCAACUCUUUGCUGAAAAUGGAUGACUUUGAUAGUGAUGCAGCAACCCCCUUAGCUCUCUUCCUGUGUAGUCUUUACAACCAGCAGUUUACAGGGGACAUCUUGCCAGAAGAAAUCAAUGAAGAAACUAUGGAAGAUGCUCUAGGAAAACCACUGUUUGUGAUGUUUAGGAAUCUCAGUCAAGAUACGGAGGAUAACAGCUGUCCCCUUCAGCUGCUCAUCCUGUUCUGUAUCAUGUAUGAAAAACAACCCAAGCUAGGCUACCUCCUUCUCUUCUUCUUACAUGCCAGUAGUAAAGAUGGUGAGAGUAAGCUGCAUGUGUAUGAAGAGGUUUGUAAAAACACAGGCUCAGGGGACCUUUCAGCUUGCCUUGUCAAAGACUUUCAGGAAUGUCAAGAAAAUGAUGUUAACCUUCUCUGCUAUCUAGUGCCUCCAGUAUAUACCCAGUUUGCUAAUACAGCGAUGGGGUGUUUAGACCUUCUUCACAUCAUCGUAUCAUGCAUUGACUCUGCACAGUUACAAGGCCUUAUUUGUGAUCUGAUGCAAGGCAGUCUGGUAGUAUUCAACAAAGACAAAGUAGCAUCAUUACUAGAAGAUACAUUAGAUUGGGAGACAUUUGAACAGUUCUGUGUAUGGCAGUUAUUACUGGCUCACGAUGAUAUCGAAGUGAAACAUCUGGUAUCACUCAUACCCAAACUCAAGUACAAAGAACACCCGGAGGCACUGGCAAAUAUGCUGUUGAUGCUCAAGCUGGAAAAUGCAACCCAAGAGUUCCUGAAACCCCUCUUGAGUAGGAAGGUCGACCAGACCGAUAGAUUGACGACGUCCAUCUUAAGUCACUGGGCCUCGCAGGACGAGCCACACCUGGCAGAUGUCUUCAAGUCAAUCAUGAUCAGAGCAGCAAAUGCAGCCAAGAGGAUACGACAGAAACAAUCGGCCAAGCAGAACUACCCCACACCUAUACAGAUCUUAGGACAUCUAGAUGGAUUGAGGCAUACAUCAGCAAUCAGACAGACACUAUUUUUCAGCCAAGAACCAUUAUUACAAGGUCUACAGCAGUUCCAACAUGUGUGUACAGAGGCCCAAAAGACAAAGUAUAGUGAUCUAUUUGCCCUAGUGGAUGACUUUGAGGAUGCUUCAAGGACAACCAGGAGUCGGCUAGCCAGGCGGUCACCAGGGAACACCAGCCCAAGGGCAAGGAAGAGCCAACCCGUCAACGAUGAUACGUCGUCUUCUUCAGAGGAUGAGGAGGUGAAAUUCAAGUCGAAACCUGCCAAAAAGAGGAAAAAGACAGCGGCAGCGAAUUCCGAUAGUGACUGAAAUUGUAGCAUGUUGCUAUAGAAACAAUCAGAACAUUCCAUCUAGGAUGAAUAACAUUCACAACGAGCAUUGAGUCCGGGAGCGAGGAAAUGGACUCCUAAGCUUUGUUCUUUUUAAAAACUUGUCUUGGAACAAAUAUAUGUGUGUGUUUGUCUUCGCAAGAUGUUCCCUUCCAACCUGAGAUGCUGUUUGUCUGUCAACUCGGCUACACAAAGCAUCCCAUUGCAUCUGAUGUGCAAGGUGUGUCAUCUUCUACCUGUUCCUGCAUCGUCGAAAAUUGUUUUUGAAGCUACUGUUUUAUUCGCCAAGACCUUACGCUUCCCAUGAACAUGGAUGUUUUCACUUGAUAAAUACUUGCCUAACUUCAUGCGAAAUAUUUUGAAUUUCCUGUUCCUAAAUAUUCCCCCUUAAAUGAAGUCGAAUCACAGAUAUGGUCCAUGUUUGUAGUACCGUUGUACAUUCUAAAAAUGCAGAGCAGGAGAGGAGGAACCCAGCUCUCAUUAGCUGUUAGCCCUUGACUAGUGUGAAGAUGGUGCACAUCAUCAGUCAACACAAGGCAGAAUGAUAUUCAUGCAAUCUCAGAGAAACUGUCAACAAAUGUUUCUAUGACAGCAUGACGAGGAACAGCUGCACUUCAAACAACUGUCAGGAUCAGCCCGGAAAGACCUAAAGACGUAUCAAGAAUGAAGGAAUCACUGGACUGGCUUCAAAGAAUUUGCUACCAUUUAUAAAUAGAUUUUUCCAUCAUGCGUACACAGAAUUGUUCUCUUUAUUGCCAAUCAUCGUUUUUUAAUGAACAUUUAGAAUUUUCAAGUUGUGUCAACAAUUAAGAAUGAUACCUUAUUGAAGCUAUCAUGUGGGUUUUUAAUACAGAAGGUAUGUGUUCAGAAUAAGAGAGUAUUCAAAAGUACCAAUACAUCUCGCUAGAAAAGAGAUAUCAAGGACCUGUUUCACAGAGCCUUUUUUCAAUGACAAAUGACAAAAAUCAGUGACAUAUCUGCUGAUAACCAAUUAGAAGCAAGGAUUUAAGUAGCUUAUAACAAAAACUGUCACUUGUCGCUGAUGACAAGUUUUGUGAAACGAGCCUAGUUCUUUGUACCACAAGAAGCUUACUUCAUGUGCACAUACUUAUCGUGGACUGAAAUUCAGUUGUAUACUCUCAUUCUUGGGUCUAUUCGGUUUCUUCAUUGGAAUAAGGUUUAAUUUUGUGUUAUUCAAAUUCAAUAUACAAUGUAUUCUUAGGAAGAGACUUGUCAAAUGUCUGCUGUGGGGUGUAGCAUUGAAUGGCUCUGAAACUUGGACAAUCUGGAGAGCGCAGGAAAGGUUGAUAAUAAUAAUAAUAAUAUUAAUAAUAAUAAGUCUUGUUUACCCAGGGUAGCCUCAUCAGUAUUCAUACUGUUCUCCCUGAGGGCCCUGCAAUCACAUCAUUAGCCCGCUUUAAUCGAGCUACCAUGAAAUGGUGCUCAAGCAUUCAAGGAAUUUCUUCCUACCAAUGAAAGAAUGUAAGGAAUUAGUUGGAGGGAUAGGAUCACCAAUAAAGAAGUAUUAGAUACAGUGAAUGAGCAAAGGCACGUUGGUUGAAUCAUCUGGAGACAGAUAAAAAUGCUCAGGGACAUCUUGGAAGGGAAGAUGGAUGGUAAAUGGGGAAGAGCAAGAAGUGGGAUGGUGUCAGACUUGAUAGGUUGCAGAUCAUAUUACAUGAUGAAGAGGAAGGCUUAGGCUAAAGAAAGAGAGGGAUGGAGAAAUAAUGAAAGAGAGCUUGGUAAUGUGGACCUGCCAGAACACCUGAGAAAUUCAAAUACUAUGUGUCUGUGUAUCCGAGGGUUGUGCCUCUCAUCACAGAUACUGGUUCUAUCACCGAUAUUGCUUUAGUAAACUUUAAAAGAAACUUGGAGGAAGAGCUUGAUAGAAAUGUUGUUUUACUUAUCAGAAUUCAAGAGAAUCACAAAACCUACUUUACUUCAAGACCAUCGCUGUAGCUUUCAUAUACAAAUCUCUGACGACCCAGAUUUAACUAUUUGUAUUGCAUUAGAUAAACUGCAAAGGUAAUGUUUCGAGCUGGAACAAUGCACUAUGAAUACUUCACUCUUUAAACUAGAAAGUAAUUGACAUUGUGUUAUUUUAAUAAUCAUUCAGUAAUCAGUACAGGCUGCAUUCUAACUAUCAUGGUUCCAAUAAAUACAUAAUGAUUAACUAUGAAACAUGACAAUAUUGCUUAUUUUCAAAGCAGAAAUUUAAUUGCAAAUUUUAGAACUGCAUGAACAAGAUUUUAAUUGAUCAUUGCUUCUUAGGGUCCCUACAGGUUAAUGUACAUGUACUUGUGUGUGAGCCAAGUUUAAAUCAUUGUAUACAACCACCGUGUCUGUCAACAGUUUUGAACAUACAAUGUAUUCUGUUUCAGAUUUAGUGGAGAGAAGAUUACAGAUUGUUAAAUGAUCAGGAAGGAUAUGAAAAUAGGUGUCGUACAUGUAGCUCAUGAUUUCAUCAUUCUUUAAAGAUAAUUUUGCUUUGUGAAGAUUUAUGUUCAUAAGGAAGGAUAAUUGUGACAACCGACCCAGGAUAAUGUUUUCAAGUAAAAGAAGGGGAAAGAAUAGAGUAUAGCUCAACUAAAUCACGUUGAAUCUUGGACAAAUCUUUUAUGAUGAAAGGACGGCUCCUUUUAAAAUUUUAUAUACCAGAGAAGAUUAUUAUGUGUCAUGAAUCUCGACCUCUAUUGCAGGAGGUUUGAAUCAUGAAAUCUUGCAAGUCUUGUUUAUUUUUAACGUGUGUUGUAAAGCAAGCAAAUGGAUUUGCUGAGUUUUCCAUGUCUCGUUUCAAAAUAAUGUUCUUUGUAUAAAUCCUGAAGUGCACAUACUGAAUGUAAAUUAGCCUGAUACUGAAAUAGAACAGGCAUUUUUCUACAUAAAGAAUUGAAGAAGAAACA